AUGAGUGAGCCGAAAAACUCAAUAGGAAAACGGGAUGGUGGGCUAUAUUUUUUUGUAAAAAAUCACAUUUCUUCUGGUACCAGUUCUAAUGCCAAUUAUUUAAUUGAAUACGAUAAUGAUGAAACUUUAGAAAUCAAGGAAGAAAUCAUAGAAGAUAUAAAAGAAGAUAAUACUUUCGCUGCUAAAAACAAGGAGCAGAGAAUCGAGGAACCGAAACUAGUGAAGAAAUACAAAUGCGAAAAGUGUGCGCGAUGCUAUACCCAUGAAGGAAAUUUAAAGAAGCACAAAAAAUACGAAUGCAACGUUAGGCCACAGUUUAAUUGUAAAUUCUGCGACAAAAAAUUUACACGGAUGUUUGGCUUGAGGCGCCAUGUGGGUUUCAUACAUGUUAAAAAAGACGUAAGAACACCGCAAUCGAGGCAUAAUUGCGACAAAUGUUCUCGAACUUAUCGUUUUUUAAGUGGUUUAAAUCGACAUCAAAAUUUAGAACAUGCAGUACUCAAACCAGAAUUUACAUGCUAUAUUUGUGAUUACAAAACUAAACGCAAAGAUUACUUGUCAGGCCAUAUUACUUCAAAACAUCUCAAUAAGUAGUAAUUAUCAUGCACGUGAAACUUCUAUUCUUAGGAAAUUUCUCAUACAAGUCAAGAGCUCCCAUAGAAGCGACUCCGAUUUACCAAUUCGUAGAACUGCUGACUCACUCAGUUUUUCAAGGAAAAGGUUGCGACUGUUAUUUUUUACGGGGCGCAGUGCGCGAGUACUCACUCGAGUAUAUUGCGCAAUAUUCGGCAUUUUAAUUGGAAAUAGGUCAGGGGGCCCGGGUUCUUUAUGUUUUGACGGUACCGAUUCACAAGCAAGGACAGUGCGAGGCAACCUCCGAAACUGCUGUUAAUUAGGAUCUCUUGUGUAUUAGAGAAAUCUCUUUUUCGCAUCAUAUUAAAUGCUUGUACACGUUAAAUUACACAAUGUGCAAAUGACAACCAAAUAUUCUAUUUUAUUU